UCCGGUGAAGGUUUAAAAUCUGCGGGACAUGCGCAGUGCCGGUUCUGGCCCUGGCGAGGGGGACACGCCACAUUGGAACGGCGAGCGGAGCGCUCCGGGCAGCGCCGGGCACAGUUUGCGCCGCCUCCGCUUCUUCCCGAGCCGCGCUCGCCUCUCCUCGCCCGGCUCUGCCUCCGGCCGCCCUGCCGCCCUCCCUCGCUCCCUCCUCCCCGCGACACAUGCCGCUGCUGCCGGGCCGCUCCUAGCGCCGCUGCCGGGCCGAGCGAGCGAAGGGAGCGGGCGGUGAGCGGGCGGCGGCGCGGCGCUCUGGCCGGGCAGUGAGGGACGGCGGCGGCGGGCGGGCGUGGAUGGAUCCCCGCGUGGCCUGGAUCCAGCCCGAGCAGAAAGGACCCGCGAAUGCGCUGUGGAUGCAGAUCUGGGAGACCUCGCAGGGCGUGGGGGGCCGGGGCGGCGCCAGCUUCCCGCACUACCUCUGCCUCAACUCCCCGGCAUUGGACUCUGCCGCUUCUCCGCCCCGCGGGCACGGCUGCGUGCGGCUCGGGGCGCCCGGCGCCUGCUGCUCCUCCUCGCCGCCUUCGCCUUCGCCUUCCCCGCCGGCCCUGCUGACCGGACUGGUGCCCGCUGUCUCCGCCGGCCCCGCGGCGGUGAACGGCGGAGGCGGCGAGGGAGGGCGGCGGCUGCAGAAGUCGCCUUCCGUGUCUUCCUCGUCCUCCUGCUCGUCGGUGGAGUCCGGCACCGAGAGCCCCGGCUUUUCUUCCUCGGGAUCGUGCAGCGGCGGCGGUGGCGGCGGCUCCUCCUCUUCCUCCGGCGGCCCCCGGGCGGUGGCGGUGGCUCCUCCCGGGCUGCUGGGCAGCGGGGUCGGACCCGGGGAGUUUUUUAACUUCCACGAGAACAAAGUGAACGCUGUGAAUGGGCACCACCAGCCGCCGCACCUGGCGCGCAGUCCGCACCCGCCGCCGGCGUCUCCCCAGCAGCACCAGUACCACCCGGGCCGCAGGAAACGGGAGAAUAAAGCCAGCACCUAUGGCAUGAAUUACCUGCUCUCCGGCAGCCGCGGCGUCAACAACUCCCCCCACCAGCAGCGACAGCCACCUCAGCCAGCGCUUCAGAGCCCCGGCACCCCCUGGAAGACAAGGAAAUACAGCCCGGGCGUGCAGGGACUACAUGAAGAAAUAAUUGACUUYUAUGACUUCAUGUCCCCUCGUCCUGAAGAAGCAGCUAUGAGAAGAGAAGUGGUAAAAAGAAUAGAAACAGUCAUCAAAGAUCUUUGGCCUACAGCUGAUGUCCAGAUAUUUGGCAGCUUUAGUACAGGGCUUUAUCUUCCAACUAGUGAUAUUGAUCUAGUUGUUUUUGGGAAAUGGGAACGACCCCCUUUGCAGCUGCUGGAACAAGCACUAAGAAAACACAAUGUGGCUGAGCCAUAUUCCAUUAAAGUACUUGACAAAGCUACGGUACCAAUAAUAAAACUUACUGACCAGGAGACAGAAGUGAAAGUUGACAUCAGUUUUAAUGUAGAAACUGGUGUGAAGGCAGCUCGAUUUAUCAAGGAAUACAUGAAGAAAUAUUCUUUGCUACCUUAUUUGAUUUUAGUAUUAAAACAGUUCCUCCUUCAGAGGGAUUUGAAUGAAGUUUUUACUGGUGGAAUUAGCUCUUACAGCCUAAUUUUAAUGGCAAUUAGUUUCCUGCAGCUACAUCCAAGAAUUGAUGCCAGAAGAGCUGAUGAGAACCUUGGAAUGCUUCUAAUAGAAUUUUUUGAGCUCUAUGGAAGGAAUUUUAACUACUUGAAAACUGGUAUUAGAAUAAAAAAUGGAGGUGCCUAUAUUGCCAAAGAAGAAAUCAUGAAAGUCAUGACUAAUGGAUACAGACCAUCCAUGCUAUGUAUUGAAGAUCCUCUCCUGCCUGGAAACGACGUYGGCAGAAGUUCUUACGGUGCCAUGCAAGUGAAACAAGUUUUCGAUUAUGCCUACAUUGUUCUUAGCCAUGCAGUAUCACCACUUGCAAGAUCAUAUCCAAACAGAGAUUCUGAGAGCACAUUAGGUAGAAUCAUCAAAGUGACCCAAGAAGUGAUUGACUACAGGGCCUGGAUUAAAAAGAAGUGGGGGAGCAAAAUUAAUUUAUCACCUGAACUUGAUAAUAGGUUGAAAAUAAGAGACCAGAUAACUCUCUGCAAUGGAGAACAGCAGCAGAACAGAGACUCUGAACCAUCUUACAAUCAACACUUGGCGCUGUCAUUGGCCAGUACACAACAGUUAUCCUCUGGUUCAUCUGCCUCUUCCGUGUCGUCACUCUCCAGCAGUGACAUUGAAUCAGAUACACCACCUUGCCCAGCUCCUAAUGUUUACCAGUUCAGUCUUCAAGCACCGACUCAGCUUAUGGCCAGUUUAGCRCCCGCAUUGCCCCUGCCAAGUGGUAAACCCCAAUCUGCGCCUCCGAGAACCUUGAUAAUGGCCGCCAGUAAUCAGCAGCACAGUGGAAUGAAGUUUUCCAUGAAAGGAGCUCAUAACCAAGGCAGCAGCUACAGCCCCGUCAGCAGUGGAGGCAUGAGGCAACCAGUUGGUAACCGUGGACAUCACCAGUACAAUCGUAAUAUAUGGAGAAGGAAAAAACACAGAGACAGUUUGCCUAUUAGUCUGAGCAGAUAAUGGCAGGUGCCAAAAUGACCUUCCCUGUUCAGACAAACUGAGUGAGUGCCACUCGACUUGAGGGAUGGAGACCAGCGUCCAGCACAUCGUUUUACUGGUGUUGCCAAAUAUCUGCAGCUGACUUCUUUGCAUGUUUCUUUGUGUGGUGGUUCAGUCCAUCUUCAAGAAGUAGUUGUGCUUAUCUGUGAAGCCUUAUUAAAUGUGGAAGUUUGUUUUCUGCCUUCCCACAAUGGUUCAUUCAGUGCCGAAGCAGCUCUGACAAUAGAACUGCAAGGACAUUUACAAAUGCUGUAGCUUUUUUGCUGUGGCUAUAUCUGUUCCUUUUCUUUUAUUUUAGAAGUGAAGGAAACUUCAGCCCCUUGGAAUUCCUCUUUUUUUUUCCCUUCGUUUUUUUUCCUUUGCAGCAAAUCAAGUUGGGAAUUCAUAAAAGUAACUUUGCUGCUCUACCAUUUGGUUUUUUU